GACUGCUACUUUACGAGUAGCAGUCAAGCCAGCUGGCUUGACCGCAGUGGAAGGUCGCCCUUCCCAACAUGGCCACCUACAGGCAUGUUGCUUAACCGGGCUGAUACAGCGCGCUGGCGUAUCUAGUUUUUAGAUCUAUGGACGACACUCGUCUUAACCACACGGGCUACCAUGUGCUGCACAAAAAAAAAAGAAGAAUCCUGAAUUUGUACCAAACGUGCUGAAUUCUUCUCACAAGCGCAGAGUGUCGUGUUCAUCGUGUGAAAAUGUGUGCAAGAAGGACAGCAGAGUACAAGGAGGAACUUUGUGGACCAGAAGAAAAAAAAAUUCUAUCACUGGACGCUGCUUUCAAUCUGCAGCCUCGAACUGUGCAAGGCAGAGCAGACAUCAGUGAAAAUCUUCAUCUAGAGCGGCAGCAGUCGAUGUCCCCUCACAUUAAAGAGGAAGAGGAGGACAAAGAGGUUCAACACAUCAAAGAGGAGGAGGAAGAGUUCCUAGACAUUAAAGAGGAAGGGCUGGAGGAAAUCAUCAAGAUUCCAUCGACUGGUGUCCCUUUAAAGAGUGAAGAUGAAGGUCAAAGUGAGGAGGGCAGAGGGGCGGAGCCUCCAAGCAGCCGCUCAAGUCAACACAUGAAAACAAAAGGUGAUGGAGACCACUGUGGAGGAUCAGAAGCAGACAGACUCUUAGAUCCACUAUCAGGUCGUGAUGACACGACGUCACACUCUCCUCACACUAAUGAUGAUAAUGAAGAUGAACAGUUGGAAGAUGAUAUCACAUGUCACACUGCCAACAAACCCUGGAAAUGUUCCCAAUGUAGGAAAACGUUUGUUUCAAAGAGCAAUUUCAAACAACACAUGAAAAUACACACCGGAGAGAAAGAUUUUGCCUGCUCAAUUUGUGGUCAAAGAUUCUCUCAAAAGGGAUAUUUGACAAGACACUCAAGAACACACACUGGGGAGAAACCUUUUGCCUGCUCAGUUUGUGGUCAAAGUUUCUCUCAGAAUGGGACCUUAAAAAAUCACACAAGAACACAUUCUGGUGAGAAACCUUUUGCCUGCUCAGUUUGUGGUCAAAGAUUCUCUCGAAAGGGAUAUUUGACAAAACACUCAAGAACACACACUGGGGAGAAACCUUUUUCUUGCUCAGUUUGUGGGCAAAGAUUCCCUGAAAAACAAAGCUUAAAAAGACACAGAAGAACCCACACAGGUGAGAAACCUUUUGGGUGCUCAGUUUGUGGUCAAAGAUUCUCUGAUCAGGGAAACUUAAGAAAACACACAAGAACCCACACUGGUGAGAAACCUUUUGCCUGCUUAGUUUGUGGUCAAAGAUUCCCUGAGAAGAGAAACUUAACAAUACACACAAGAACACACACUGGAGAAAAACCUUUUUCCUGCUCAGUUUGUGGUCAAAGAUUCUCUCAGAACGGAACCUUAAACAGUCACAUGAGAACACACACCGGUGAGAAACCUUUUGCCUGCUCAGUCUGUGGUCAAAGAUUUUCUCGAAAGGGAUAUUUGACAGCACAUUCAAGAACACACACUGGAGAGAAACCUUUUUCCUGCUCAGUUUGUGGAAAAAGGUUCUCUCAUAAGUAUCCAGCUAAGAAUCACAAAUGUGUUGGUGACAAUAGCAGUGAUCAAUGAAAGUUUUGCCUUUCGUCCGAGCAGGCUUCAUCAGUUCAUGCACCAAGGAUGAUUGUAUUCUAUGUACCUUCUUAAAGAGAGUCCGCAGCUGCAGGUGAUAGGGGAGGCAAACGUUUAAGAGGUUUGCAAAGACUGUGGAGCGUAUGUCAGUGGAGCAAAGUGCGAGGACGGCCAGCAUAACGACUGGCUGGAUGGACGAGGCAAGCUGAAAGACCAGGACGCUGGAAAUUAUUUCAUGUUCUGUCUGUUCUUUCUGUGUGUCUUUAUCAGUUACAUGAUAUCUUAACUAUUUUAGUACACUAGAUAGUACUGUUUACUUGUUUGUAUACUGUACCGUUUCGUACUUCCUACUAAUGUUGCGGGGUGGGCGGAUGACAUGAGGAAGUGGCCAGAGAUCACGUAAAUCGUAUGUAGCGUCUUUAGCUAGCUACAUUCUCAACUCUCACUUCAGACGACUCGGAGGCGUAUCACUACUUCCUACACAGUAAUAAGGUUGGUGGCAGGUUUAGAGCCUAUGAGCCAAACCCUUAAAGACCCUCAUCAUAGAUCAGCAGGCUGUUGGUGUGUUAAAGAAGGAAGGAAGAUCUUGCUUCCUUUGAAAAGUAAAAGUUGAUUUUUCUUCUA